AUAGCGGUCAGUCCCCUUUCUGUCAUUCACUGUAGCAGAGCCAAGCCAACAACAGACCUACUGUUAGCACAAGUUUCUUAGCUUCUUCUGCCCUGUGUGGGAAUCUUUGCCCAGGGCUGUAGUUGGGUGGAGACGUCCUACGUGUCUAAAGUGAAGUGGCGCUGCUGGAAGUUCUGGUUGUUCCUCUGUGACGAAACAGGAAGGUGUGGAAGAUGGCAGCUCUGCGCUUUGGGCUGGUGGCUCUGCUGCUAGCUCUGCUGAGUGUGGGAACAUGGACAGCGAAAGCCGAGGAAGUGGACCGGGCAGAAGCAGAUGUGGCUGAUGAUGAGGACAGUGGACAUGUGGACCAUGAAGGGGAAGGUGGAGAUGUGGCUGAUGAAGGAGGGGAAGAAGGCCUAGCUGAAGAGGAAGAAGAAGGUGAGGAAGAGACUGCUGAAGAUGAUGAUGAAGGAGAGGAAGAAGAAGUGGAGGAUGACGAGGAGGCUGAGGAGGAAGGAACUCAGGAAGAGGAGCUAACUGAUGAAGAUGAAGCAGUGGGGGAAGAUGCUGGAGAAGAUUCUGAGGAUGGUGAUGAAGAUGAGGCUGGAGCUACUGAGGAAGAUUCUGAGGGGGAAGAGGGUGAUGAAGAUGAUGGUGAAGCUGCUGAAGAAGGUUCUAAGGAGGAAGAGGGUGAUGAUGAUGGUGAAGCUGGUGAAGAACAUUCAGAGGAUGAAGAGGGUGAUGAGGAUAAUGGUGAAGCUGCUGAAGAAGGUUCUGAGGAGGAAGAGGAGGAAGAGGAUGAAGAGGACGAGGCUGAAGCCGCUGAAGAAGGUUCUGAGGAGGAAGAAGGCAAUGAGGAUGAGCCUGAAGAACAUUUUGAGGAGGAAGAGGGUGAUGAGGUUGAAGCAGGAGAUACUGGAAACCAAUCUGAGGAGGAUGAGGAUGGAGCUUCUGAAGCUGUCGAUGAAGAUGAUGGUGAAGAUCAAGAGGCAGCAGCAGAAGAAGCUGAAGGAGAGGCUGCUGAUGAGGAAGCCACAGUAGAGGAGGAGACUGAAGCCCCAGCUGGAGAAGCAGAGUAUCACAGCGGCUCUCUGUGCAGCCUCUGCUCCAUCUGUGAGCACUGCAGCAGCUGUGAUAAAUGUCCGUGCGAGGCGGGAGACUCAUCAGCACACUGCCAGCACUGUCAACAAUGCUCCUACUGCUACAUCUGUCCGAUGGUCUGUGAGACGGUCUGUGAACCAGGUGGCAUUGUGGACGUGCUGUCUGGAACCUUUUAUCAGACUGUGGCCUCAUAUCUAUGAGCACUUUUACAUUCUCUCCUGCGCCAUCCUGUGGUGGACAGCAGAGCAGUUGGGUUCUCGCAUAUCUGUGAUGUAUGUUAGAUGUUGAACACAUUCCUCAGCUUAGAACAGCUACAGAGUCGGAGAAGCAUGACCAUUUAUCUGUACAGCUGAGGAAAUUCUACCACAGGGCCAAAUGUUUACCACGGCACAAAGCCGCAUACAGUUAUAUCACAGCAGGACGGAGAAAUUAAAAGCUAAUAGCAUUAUUAUUUAAAUGUCACUCAAGAUUUCACAUUUAAAGGAAGAAACAUAGAAUUGAUAGAGGUUAAUAUUUCAUAUAUCAGUUUGGGUUAUUUUCAGUAGAUUCUGCUAUGACAGUUAAAAGCUCCUCAUCUGGUUUCAGUACAGACUGAACUGUUUCUGACAACAGAUACGGUUCGUGUUUCACUGGCAGCUUCAGUUCAGUGUGAGACGGCAGCAGUGAUGUGUGUAUUUUCACAGGAUGCCAGUUUCUAACCAAAUAAACUGAUUUCACAUAUAAA